CGCGCAAGCGACGCCACACGCGAAGACCAUCCGUUAAAGAUGCAGAAGACCGGUACCUCCGCGAUUUACAAGGCCGUGUCCACUCCCGGCACCCUCAAGGAGCUGCACAAUGCCGAGUUCGAGGACGGCAUCUGCCGUCAGUGCCACCCGAUCCUGACCCCAAUUCCCGCACCCUUUUGCUGUACGGCCUUCGAAAUGUGGAACCGUCGCGCGUACACCCGGGUCUACGAGAACCGCCUCGAGCACAACAGACCGUUGAUUACCUGGCCCUGCAACGAUUGCAUGCAUGACUGGGUCUCGGUUGGUUACUUCGACAAGGGGGCCAAGUUCGUGCCCUGGGUGCGCCCGACCGCGUGCACCCCCUUCCACACCUGCUGCGUGGUCGAGUUGCACGGUGAGGUUGCCGCGACUGCCAGGAAGGGCUGGCAGAACAACUGCUUGUUCCCGUGCUAUCGCACCUUCGUGCCCGGUCUCAAGGAUGCCCAGGCAUUCUGCGACGCGGCGAACGCGGCCCAAGCCACCGCUCUCGCCGCCGUCUACAACCCCGCCGUCCAGAAGAUGGGUUAAGGGUCCGCGCGCGCGGAUUGUCGAAUUCUCGAUCGGGACCAAUAAGCCCCGCCGCGUUUUUGUCUCUUGGGUUCCAAAUCCGGUAACAAAUUGUAAGACGAGGCCCCUGUACGUUCUUCACAA